AUGGUGACGCGGGUCCAGGUGGGCUCCGUGACGCCCCUGCCCGGAGUGCCAGGCCUGAGUGAGCUCGCCAAGGAGGAGACGCUGCAUCGGGCCUACUUCCGCCAGGCUGUUGACCCACCAGGGGCCCCCUCAGCACGGCUCUUGGACAGAAAAAGCCCCCUCAGGAGCCCUACUCGCAUCCUCCCUCUGUCCCGACUGGCUCCCAAACCGUUCUCCAAAGACCAGGCCCCCGACAUGAAAUCACCCGACACAUCUUGGGGCCUGGCCCGGCCUGGUUUUCCUUGUGGGCAUCCCCAGGAUGGGGUGGCCAGGGAGCUGGGGGAGAAGAUGCCCAACUCGGUGGGGCAGGAGGUGGGGGUCGGGACCGGCCUGAAGAGAAGCACCUCUUUGUUCUACAAGGCUGAGUUUCUGCAGAUCAGUCCCUCCACCAACCGUGUCUUGGAGAACACUGAAGUGGACCCCACUCUGGGCAAGGGGGUCCUUGCCUCAGGGACCCCCAAGGUCAACAACACACGCUCAACUCAGGAGCCCCUUCCGGGUCCUCUGCCUGAGGUGGCUGCCAAGCCGGCCGUGCCAGCUAGAAAGCCGGUGGGGACCGUCACCCGGCCAGCUUUCCUGCCACUGGACACAAGGCUGGCUGUCACCUCAGACAAGACAAGCCCAAAGGAGCUCCAGACCCAGGCCAGUGGUGUGGAGGACCUGGUCGCCCCAGCUCUGGAGCCCAGACCUCGUCCGAAGAGAAGGCCCGUUUCGGCCAUUUACAUGGAAUCCAUUCAGCCUCAGAGGGUCAUUUUGGAGGGUGCUUCUCCCGUGGGGAAAAUGCCCCCCACUCCUCCUGAGAAGACCUGGGUCAGGCGACCCAGGCCCCUCUCCAUGGACCUCACUGCCCGGUUUGAGAGCAGAGAGGUCUUGCUUAAGAAGGGGGCUGAGGAGGCCCUGGCUGGGGGGAUUCCCCAGCGUCAGGGACCUGAGAGGGCCAAGCCAGAGCCCAAAGUGGAUGGAGAGCACUCGGUUCCAGCUACAGACACCCCAGAGGUGGCCCCAAAGCACCCAGAGCGGAGGGAGAAGUCGGUUCUAAAGCAGCUGGAGAUGGGCAGCCUCCGAACAGUGGGGGGCUCAGCCAAGGCCGACAACCUCUUGCAGGACCAGACUGUGGGGGACCAGAAAGUUCAGCUGGACAGGGAACCAGAGCCAACACCUCAGGUCUCUUCUUCUAGGCCAGGAAAAGGCCAAGACCCUGCUGAGGUCAAGAACAGAGCGGCUGAUGGGGAGACUGGGACCCCUAGAGAAUCUGGCUCCCGCCUUGGCCUCUGGAAACACAUCAGCUCUGUAGAAGGGGAGAGCUCCCCAGUCUUGGUGGCAGCUUCCAAACCCCCACCUAUCUCUCCUGAGCCCCCGUCAGAGGCGCCAGCGCUGGGGAGAGCUGGAGUGAGUGUCCUGGAUCGCAUCAAGGGCUGGGCAGGCGAGAACUCGGAGCCCAGGCCGGAGAGGAGGAGAAAGACGGUCCAGGCACGGCCACUGUCGAUGGAUCUGACCAAACUCCCAGCUGCCAGCCACGAAGUCAGAUAUGAGAAGCUUUCUGCCCGGAGCAGCACGAUUCCCCAGGAGCCCCAAGAUAAGCAGAAGGAAGGGCCUGUCUUGGAUGCAGUGACGUCCCCAAAGAGCCCCUGGAAGCCUGGAGCCCUCAGGGAGAAGGCCUGGCCACCAGAGCGGAAGGACUCCACCAGCCACGUUCCUGACAGGUGCCAAGAAGGCAGUGCCACAAUCACUCCAGAGGCUGAUGGAAGCUUCCAGACCGUGCGGGCCACGCUGUUUGAGCAUCAUGUUGAGAGACACACAGUGACCACAACCAUGGUGGCCGAUGGGUCCAGGCGUAAGCCCAGACCUGAGAGAGGCUCGUGGCUGGGGAAAGACCCACCAGGGGACUCCUCCAAGCCAGAAGCUGGCAGGUGGCUGCAGUGCCCAGACACAGAGAAGUCGGUGAGAAGCACUCGCUCCAACGGGGAGCCCAAACCCCAACACUCUCCUGUCCCUGACAAGUCCCCUUUGGUCAACAAUGACCAGAGCCCAGUCAGCCCCUUCCUGCGGCACCUGGAACCCCUGCCCAUGGUGCAGAAGGUGCAACCACACCUCAGCGUGGUUCCGGCUGUGGGGGGUCGUGUUGAUAGCCAGACUGUGCCCAUGGCCCCCGAGGAAACCGCCGUGACCCUGCGGAGCAGUGGUUCUAGGCACCGGCUGAAGGUGGGGCAGCGACCCCCGGAGACCCUUCCUGGUUACCCUGAGGAUCAGGGCUUAGGACACAGGACCAGUUUGAUUUGGGAAGUUCCAGAGACAUCUGCUGCCAGUGGACCAAAGACUGACCUUCAAGAACCAAAGGGCAACUGCCUGUCCCCCAGAUGGACAAAGGUGGCCCGCUGGCAUCCAGUUGACACUGUGCAGAGUGUGGAGAGCGGCCAGGAGCGGAGUCCUAAAGUGGUCAGGCCCUGCGCCACAGAGGCCACCUUGUCCAGGGCCACUCAGACAACUAUCAUCUCUGAGGUCCCCCGAGAAGGGCGCCAAGGGGCUGCCAACAAGCAGGACAGCUGCUUCCCUGGUGGAGAAAGGGGUCCCUCCUGGGGGCGCCCCACAGACACAUGCUCGGACUUGUGGGCCCAGCCUGGCGCAGAUCUCGCGGCACUUGUGCAGAAAGCCAAGGGCAGCAGCAAUGGGGCUGCCCGUGGGGGUGAAACUCAGCAGGCGCAGGCGCCCGAGCCCCUGGUCAGGCUGCGUAGGGCCCCCGGGGACCAGAGACUGGACAGGUGGCGGCGGCGUACCCUGCCCAAUGAUGUCCGAUUUGAGGAAUUCAGCUUCCUGGCCCCAGAGCAGAGACAGUCGGACUACCUGGGCCCCUCCACCACUGCCUUAAGAGACCCCACACCAGCCCACAGGAGGGUAGAGGGCCAGGAAAAGCGCCCAGGUGGUUCCCGGGACCCAGCGCUGGCAACUGGGAAGCCUGUAUCACAGGAGGAACCCAGGGCCACCUUCUUUGCAUUGACUUGCCAGCUUCCUGAGGCUCAAAAACCAAAGAACUCAAAGCCAGAGACCCCACCCUUCAUGGAACGUUCUAGAAAAAUGGCUCCACCUCCAUCACCUCAGUUAGCAUCUCCCUCAGUGUCUGUAGGCCAGGAAGAGCCGUCGGAGCCCAGGGACAGUAAAAACUGUGCCAGAGGCAGAGAGCGUGAUGGCAUAAGCUUCUCCAAACCCCAAAAGCCAGCCAACAUGUACCUGCCCUCUGGAGGAGACAGAUUCCUGGAUCCUUCUGGCGAGAAAAAGGAUGCCGGUGCUUUCUGUGCCCAGCAGAUUUCGGAGGAUCGAUCCAGUUUUCAAAACGAGUGGAGGAACAGCCGGAGCAAGAGUGCCCCAGACAGUGUCCCCCAAACAACACCCGCUUUCAAAAGCCCUAAAGCCAGUGAUCUCAUCCUGAGGCAGACAGUCAGUGAGAGGCACCCAGGCAGGACCAAAGAUGGUUACCGGUCCAGUGUGCUGGACAUCGAUGCCCUGAUGGAGGAGUACAGGAAGCAGCCGGCCUGGGGAUCCACUGAGGCCCAGGAGAGUCCCUCUGUCCAAGCCAACCACUCCUCUCCUGAGAAGCAAGGCAAGCAAGGCAGGAUGGAUGGUGCCAGGAGGAGCCCAAAGGAGGGCCGGGAAACUGAGGGAUCCUGGAAACGUAACAGUUUCUUUGAGAAUAACCACGGCUCCACUCGGGCCAGCUCCCCAGGGACGGCCCUUAACCCCAAAAUCAAUGCCCUCCUUUGGACGGUGCUGCCCUCUGCGCCCUGUGAAAAGGAUUCAGGGGCCUCCACUGGCUCAGAGGGUCCCAGGAACAAUGCCUCAGGACCCCCCGAGAAUGAGAAAGGGGCCUUUGCAGGCAGACACCAUCCUUCGAGGUCUCCGAGCUACCCCGUGGAGCCCAGACCUGCUGCCUGGGUGGAGCUGGGCAGGAGAUGCACCAGAAAUGGAGAGGAGGGCAGCGGAGGGCCCCCACGGGCUGGCUCUUCUCACCAUCGACUCACACCACCAGAUGUCAAGAGGACUUGCUCUGAGAAGGGCCCCCCUGCCCACAUCCGAGAGGGCUUGUCCGUCCUGCAGGAUGCCUGGGAAAGGAGGCGAGAGCAGCCCAAAGGGAGAUCUAGCCUCCCCACUGAGACUUUGGAUGUCAGAGAGAUCAACAGGGGACUCGGCCAGCAGGACUUGGGGUCGCGGGAACGUCAGAAGGUGCGGCCCCUGGGGAACCAUGAGCAGCUUCCCAGGAAGGUGUCCCCUGCCUCGGCGAGUCCCCGGAGGAGCCACAGUUUCUGCAGGGACAAGAAGAGCGGGCCCUUCGUGCAUGUGGCUGGGUUGAGAAAUUUGGGCCCGGAAGCCUGGAGUUUGCACCCCGAUCUGCUCGUGAUUAGUCUCCUUGGCCGUGCCCUCAUGAUUCUGAUGUAUCUCCUGGGCUCCAAGAUUCUGCACAUGGGAGGAGGAGGGAGUUGCUGUUCCACCAAGGCUGUCUCUGAGGGGGUCCUGGGACCCGCUGGGCCUGGUGCCCUGCUGAUGGACGCCCCCAGUCCUGCCACACAGAAUGUGGCUGCUGAUGUCGGCUUCGCCUUCCAGAUGUGGAGCAUGAGCUGCGGGCUGGACGACGAGUACAUCGUGUGCCUGCACCACUUAGUGCCAGCUGAUUGGGGGAAACUGAGGUCCAGGGGUCCCUCCUUGAGGCCUCCCUCAGGCUCCCUUCACUGUCCCCUAUCGGAGCACUUGCUCUGCUGUCAGCUGAAGCCAGCCCUUCGUGAGAGUGGGGGUGCAGUGGGUGGCUGGGCCCUGUCACCCGCCGGAUGUGGGGUGCUGAGAUCAGUGAAGCCACAGACCCACGCUUUGAAGCUGUCGCUGUCCCCACUGUGGUUUCCUCUGAUGCUGAGCUUAGUGCUGGCCCCUGUUCUAGUGGGUUUCCUGUUAGCAGCUCUGCCGGUCUACAUUAGCUGGGAGCCCCAGGCCCCCCACCCCAGUCUGGACUCUUACCACCUGGCCCUGGGUAACGCCUUCCCCUGCCCGAGAGGCAACCCUGGUGGUGGCCAGUCCCCGCUGCCUGGCUGGCCCCUGGCCCGGAGCCUGCUGCUGAAUGAUUCAUGA